AUUAAACACUUGGAAGUCUAAUUCAUUUGGGAUCCAAUUUUAAACGUUUAGAUUUGAUUAGACUCAAACGAACUUAUUGUGUGAAGAUAGAUACGACUGUUUUUUUAACAGUGUGUCGAAAUAUUUUUAACGUUAUAUUAAGUAAACAGCCUUCAUUUUAGAAUCAGUCAAGGAAGUAUGAUAACUGCAACAAUUUAUACUCCUUGCGGUUCAGGUUAAAACUACAAUUCCCACAAUGCUGCUCUAACGAGAACUCGAGAUGUCAUCUUGUUGAGUCUGCGGAGCUGUGUGUAUGUGUACCAGGAAGUCAUAACAGCAAGACAACAUUAGGAUCUAAACUAAAGAUGUUGAAAGCUGUAAUACUAAUAGGAGGCCUUCAGAAAGGGACUCGUUUUCGACCUCUUUCUUUUGAGGUUCCAAAGCCCUUGUUCCCUGUAGCAGGGGUCCCAAUGCUUCAGCACCACAUUGAAGCAUGUGCAAAGGUACCAAACAUGAAAGAGAUUUUACUGGUGGGUUUCUAUCAGCCGAAUGAGGCGCUCAGUCGGUUCCUGUCUAAUGCACAGCAGGAAUUCAAAAUCCCCAUCAGGUAUCUUCAGGAGUAUUCAGCUCUGAGUACUGCGGGUGGCAUUUACCACUUCAGAGAUCAGAUCCUGUCAGGGGGCCCUGUGGCAUUCUUUAUUAUGAAUGCAGAUGUCUGUUCUGAAUUUCCACUUCUAGAGAUGUUAGAGUUCCAGAAGGAACAUGGAAACACCCACGUCAUUCUGGGAACAACAGCUAACAGAAAACAGUCCAUGAACUAUGGCUGUAUUGUUGAAAAUCAAGACACCAAUGAGGUGUUGCACUAUGUGGAGAAGCCUAGUACAUUUGUCAGUGAUAUCAUCAAUUGUGGGAUUUACCUGUUCACACCUGAAAUCUUUGAACACAUUGGGCUCAUUUUCCAGAAAAAUCAACAGGAUCUCUUAUUGUAUCCUUACGACGGAGAGGAACAGAUGAAUGGCUGGCAGCGAGCAGAGGUUAUUCGCCUGGAACAAGAUAUCUUUACAGCACUGGCAGGGAGGGAAAAGCUUUAUGUGUACAAAACUGAUCGGUUCUGGAGCCAGAUCAAAUCUGCUGGAUCAGCAAUUUAUGCCAGCCGUCUAUAUCUAAACCAGUAUCACAAAACCCACCCUGAAAGGCUGGCCAGCAAUGAAGAAGGAAGACCUACCAUCAGAGGAAAUGUGUAUAUUCAUCCAACUGCCAACAUUGACCCUACUGCUGUGUUGGGUCCUAAUGUCUCAAUUGGCACUGGAGUGACAAUAGGCGCUGGGGUUCGAAUAAGAGAGUCCAUCAUUCUUCAUGGAGCUACGCUGCAGGACCACAGUUGUGUCUUAAAUAGCAUUGUGGGAUGGGACAGUACAAUCGGGAAAUGGGCCAGAGUUGAAGGGACGCCCAGUGAUCCCAAUCCUAAUGAUCCUUAUGCCAAAAUAGACAGUGAAACACUAUUCAGAGAAGGGAAGCUUACACCUUCAAUAACUAUCUUGGGCUGUAAUGUGAACAUUCCAUCAGAAGUAAUCAUUCUUAAUGCAAUCGUCCUCCCUCACAAAGAUCUCAACCGGGGUUUUAAAAACCAAAUUAUUCUUUAGACUUUGUUCUGCAUUUUAUGUAUAAACUAUGCAAAAUGGAAAGUUUAACCCUUGAAACUUGGGGAGAAAAAAAAAGGAGAUGAAAUACAGUACACACAAAUAGCUUUAUAAAAAUCCUGGCUGGCAGAAGAUGUGAAAUUAUAUGGGAUACAGCAUUGCUUAAUUUAGUAAUUUGAAGACCACAAACCCCUUUUCAGCAUCUUGAUGUCUGAUCAUUUGAAAAGUAUUUAACAUUUUAUCUUCUUGCAAUUAUACCAUUGCUUUUCCCCCCCCCCACAUAGCGGUUAUGGUUCAGUUAUUGGUUGGGUUGUUUAUUAACUUCAAAUUACAGAGAAGAGUCACACUCAAGUACAAUUAUUGCACAAACACUUCAAAAAUCAACGCAACAAAUAGACGACAUAUUGAAUGCAUUUUACAAAAAUCUGAAUGUCUGGAAUGUUUCUAGAUUUAAAAAAAAAUAAUAAUAAAAAAAAAUAUGUCAGAUACAAGUGUUAGCCUUUGUGUUUACACAGCAUACAAUUGAUAAUAAAAACAUAAGUAUUUAAUAUACAAAUGUUGUAAAAUGUGUAUUUUUUACCCUUCAGUAAAAAGCUUAAGCCUCCACUAAAACACCAAAAUAUAUUAGCUUGGGAGGAGGAAAAAAAAAAAAAAAAAAAAAAAACCACCAUAGCAACACAGUAGAUUAAGAAUUUUACACUGUAUCUUAAAAUGUGCUUGCACACACACACACGGGAAUCCAUGAUUCCAGAAGUAAGCUAAUAUUCCCAUUCUGGGAAACAUUUAAUUUUCACUUAAUUUCUCUUAAUACAAAUGUAGCCACCAUUAUAACAAUAUAUAUAAAAUUCCAAGUCCAAUAAAUAAAACACACAAACAUAUAUACUGACCCCCCACAUAAAUAUGUAAUUGUCAUGAAAUCAAAGUUAGUUUUAUAAGCUUAUCAGGCAUGAAAUGAGGUCAACUGUUAUAGUUUAUCAAAAGACAAAUACCAGUGCAUGGGCCAAAUCUAUACACAGACAUGAUUGGAGAUUACAAAUCAUUAACCUAUUUCAUUUUUUUAAAUAUAUAAACCAUUUGUGUUUCUCUUUUUUUUUUUUU